GAUGGACUGGCUUUCUGUAAUUUUUAUAAUCUUUGUGAUGGGUGUGAUCAUUCAGUGUGUGCGAUUAUUUCUCUCAGACUGUGACUUGGAACUCCAAUGGGCAGAGAAGUUUGGAUACGCGACAGGUACAUUGAAAGAUAAAGUAGUUUGGAUUACUGGAGCCUCUAGUGGUAUAGGGGAAUCUCUGGCUUACAAACUAGCUACUGAUGGCUGCACUCUGGUGCUGUCUGCCAGGAGAGAAGAAAGGUUACAGCAAGUCAAGCAGAACAUCGUAGAACGUGGAUAUUUGAAAAAAGAAAAUAUACUGAUAGUCCCACUGGAUUUGCUCGAUUUAAAGUCUCAUUCAGAUGCAGUGGAAACAGUGCUGAAGUACUUUAAAAAGAUUGACAUAUUGGUUAACAAUGCUGGCCGGUCACAGAGGUCCCUGAUUGAGAGAUGCCCAAUCGAAGUGGACAGACAAGUUUUGGAGAUUAAUACACUCAGUCCUAUAUCACUGACAAAAGCUGUCCUUCCACACUUCAUGGAGAGAAAAGCUGGACAUGUUGUUUUUACAAGUAGCAUAGCAGGAAAAAUUGGGUCACCUGGAUUGGGAUCAUAUGCCUGUUCUAAACAUGCACUUCAGGGUUGGCUGGAUGCCCUGAGGACUGAGAUGUACCCCUACAAUAUACACGUGACCUCAGUGUGCCCAGGUCCCGUGUUCUCAGAAGCCCUGAUUCAUGCAUUUACAGAUAAAAUAGAUACAUCGCUGGGAGUCACCAUGGAUCCCCGGGAGAGGAGAAUGAGUACCGAGAGGUGUGCCACAUUGAUGGCCAUCGCCAUGGCAAACAGGCUAGAUGAAGUGUGGAUUUCACCUCACCCAGAGCUAUUUUAUGUGUAUCUCUUUCAGUUCCUUCCAUCAAUAGCCAAAAGAAUUGCUAAAGUGUUUGGACAGGAUAGAGUUAACAAAAUAAAAAGUGGCAGUGCCUCUCUACAUAAAACACAGUAACCAGAUUUUGAUAGAAAGUGCAUUUUAUAAUAAAUUUAAUUUUUUUUUUACUUAUGAAUUGU